CAGCCACUCCAUCUCUAGACCAGUUUGUUCAGACAUCAGUAGCUCGGUCUCUCACCGACUGGCUUUUAAAACCGGGUUUCUUCUCGUUCUCGCCUCCACAGCCUCAGAUCGAUCCCCCCUCCGCUUUACAAAAUGCUGGCGGUUUUCCUCUAUCUAGUCAUUUCUGCUGUGUUGCCUGGCACCCUUGCUUAUGAUCCUGACAUGCUUCAGGAUAUCUGUGUGGCCAGUCCUUCCUCAGGUGUAAAGGUCAAUGGCUUCGCCUGCAAGAGCGAAGCAAACAUCACGGCAGCCGAUUUCACCUUCGAAGGCCUGGCGAAACCAGGAACAAUCAACAGCUCGGUGGGAUCCUUGGUCACAGCCGCCAGCGUGGAGAAAAUCCCGGGCCUCAACACCCUAGGCGUCUCUAUGGCCCGCAUUGACUACGCCCCGGGCGGCCUCAACCCUCCUCACACCCACCCGCGUGCCACCGAGAUCGUGUUCGUCCUGGAGGGCGAGCUGGACGUCGGAUUCAUCACCACCGGGAACAAGCUGAUCUCCAAGACCGUCAAGAAGGGCGAGGUGUUUGUGUUCCCGAGGGGCCUCGUUCACUUCCAGAAGAACAACGGCAACAAGGCCGCUUCGGUUCUCGCGGCGUUCAACAGCCAGCUGCCCGGAACGCAGUCCAUCGCGAUAACCCUGUUCACCGCGACGCCGGCAGUGCCGGAUGACGUGCUGACUAAGGCGUUCCAGGUCGGCAAGAAAGAGAUCAACAAGAUCAAGGGCAACCUCGCACCCAAGAAGCCAUGAGAGAUGAACUGCAUUGUCCGGCAGCACAGGAGGAACCCAUCCAUUCGAGAUUUUGAUUUCUGUCGUUCCAUUUACUCCGAUGUUUGCACGAGUUUUGUCCGUCGAACUUUCUACGAUUUCAUAAAUGUAAUUCGAUCUUUGCGAAAAUAACUUAUGUAAACGAGAGACAAAUAAUCGAAAUCAGCGGCAUGAAGCAAUGCAUGAACUCCUGGUG